GAUGGGGCAGGAUGGUUACUCGGAUACUGAGCACUUUCCACCAAUGGAAGGCCAUGGCAGGGCCGCUUCCAUGCCCCGCCUCCCAGGCGACAACCAAACCAUCAACGACAGCAGUCCCAUGAAGCGCUCCGCCUCGUCUCUGGGCCACAGCAGGUCCGGACGAGGACACCGAGACAAAGGGGGACAAGACGACUACACCAUGGAGCGUGUGCCGGAGGAGGGGAGAAGCUCCCGACACGGGCACCGGAGAAAAGAGAGGAGCCAUCGGGCAUCCGAGAGGUCGCUGCAUCGAUACACAGAGGGGGACACAGGCCUGGGCACAGACCUGAGCACGACCACUCAGUCAGGAGACCUCAAGGACAAGGAUCGGGACAGAGACCGCGGCCGCUCCAAAGACCGCAAACACCACCAUCAUCAUCACCACCACCACGGCUCUGUGGAUAAAGAGCGCUAUGUAGCAGAGCGAGGAGGCGAGUAUGGACACAGACACUCCCGGGACAGAGACCACGACCGGGAGAGAGACCACGACCGGGACAGAGACCACGACCGGGACAGAGACCAUGACCGGGAGAGAGACCAUGACCGGGAGAGAGACCACGACCGGGACAGAGACCACGACCGGGAAAGGGACCACGAUCGGGAGAGAGACCACGACCGGGACAGAGACCACGACCGGGAGAGGGACCACGAUCGGGAGAGAGACCACGAUCGGGAGAGAGACCACGAUCGGGAGAGGGAGAGGGACAGAGACCGCCGCUGGUCUCGAUCACCCAGCGAGGGUCGGGAGUGCCUCACACACAGACAGGGCAGUAGUUCGGUCAGUGGAAGUCCCGUCCCCUCCACCUCGGGGACCAGUACGCCACGCCGAGGUCGUCGACAGUUGCCUCAGACCCCCGCAACCCCCCGGCCCCACGUGACCUACUCCCCUGUAGUCCGUAAGGCCAUGCCCACGCCACCUGGGGGACCUCAGGGUCGGCCCCCCGCCCCCGCCCCCCGACACUUUUCUCCUGAACCCCCCAUGGGCCAGGGCCCUCCCCCUGCUGGCCUCCCCUUAGCCCAUCACGGUGGACCCCGCCAGGGGCAUCACCCCCCCUCUCGCUGGGGAGACACAGGUGGAGGCGGCUCCAUGGAAGGGGAUGGCUGCUUCUACAACCAGGACUACCAGGACUAUGAGCCCCACCAUGAACCCCCUGCCUACGAGCAGAGCCCCAUGCAGGGUGGGAACCCCCACCCUCAUGCCCUGGCCAACCACCCACUGCCGCCUCCACCUCAACAGCAGCCACACAACCCCCACCCCCUCCCUCCACCCCAACCACAUCCUGUAAACAACCCCCACCCUCACCCCCCGCCCCACCAACAGCCCAGUCGCACCUCCCCGAGGACUGUCCACCACGCGCCCCCGCCCACCACCGCCCUGACUGGGCCUGUGCAGGGCCAGAUGCAGCCCGCCGCCCAGCGCCGCCUCCCCAACGGCUACCGCUCUUCAUCGCCGUCCACGCAUCUCCACGGACCGCCACACACCGGACCUCACAAGGUCCCCCCUCCAGCCGGGCAUCCGAGAGGUCCCCGAAAGGGCCUGCAUGAACCCUACGGCGAGACGGAGGCGGACGACUGGUGCUAGCCUCUGGGGAUGGGGGAGGGGCUUAAUGGGGAAAAAGAAUUGAUGGAUGGAGGGAAAGAAGAAGAAAGGAAGCUCUGAGCCAGAGCUCUGACUGCCAAGAGAAACCAUGAUCCUUUCCUUUGUUCAGUUGUUUCCUCUCUUCCUCUGCGCGACACGUCCCAGUAGUGUUGGACUUCAUAGAGGACCGGUGUCAGGAUGAAGGGAUGAGGCAGACUCUGGAGAAACAGGUGGUGUAAGGGAAGGACAAACCACCUCCAUGAUCUGCGUGCAUUGUUGUUGCGUUCAUCUCUGAUGCCAAAUAAGACUAACCUCAAAUUGCAGUUUUUAAGGAUGCAAGCGAAGGGUGAAGGACGAGCGUCUUUGUGUGUCUUAAAUUACGCCUCUGGCAAAGAGCUACAGCCACUUACAAGAUGUCAAGAGUUGCGACUCGACAAAAGACACUUUACAGUCGGAUCAGAAGAACGACCACUGGUUUUUUUUCCGCCUCUUGAAGCUAACUUCACCGGAGUUAGCUUCAACAAGAAUCCAAUCCAACCCUCCCAGCCACCAGUUCAAUAUUGAUGAGUUUUAUCAUCUGUGUUUUUAAAUAGAAACUAAGAGUGAGCCCUCCGCCUGUAUGAGGUGAGACGGGCGAGUGGGUGGGAGAGUUGGGAAGCGUUGUUCGGGGUUGACGAGUCUGAGUCUCGAGGUCUGGAUGGGUCUGUUGGGGGGGACACUCCUGAAAACACCCUCCUCCAAGAAACAAUGUCGCCGACCCUCGACCCUCGACCUUUGACCUUUGACCUUUGGGAGAAGAAAAACAAAAAAGUGGAGAUGGGUUACAGAAAGAAAAAAACAUACAAACCAGUAACUGUUUUCUGCAGUAUUUCUUCUUCUACUCCUGCUUCUUCUUCCUCCUUCUCUUCUACUUCUUCAAAACAUUGAAGCUUGAAUCUUCUGUUGCACCCCACACAGCUUCAGUUUUUAGACUUGCGAAGUUGUACACCCUGUUGAAUCCUGCAUGAAUGAUACAAAAAAUAAUAAUAGCAACAAAGAGAAUCUACUGUAUGCGGGGGGAACUUUACUCGGUCAUUUCUCUUGUGGUCUUUGGGGUUUCUCUCUCUUUCUGUUUCUCUUUCUCUCUCCUCUGUAAAACAUUCCUCUCUCUGCAUCUUCAAAAACACUAAAACCAAGUGACGGAGGAGACCGGGGAUUUCUCUGAUCCACGUCCAGAGGGAACAGAGGGAUGACUUUUUGCUUGCUUGUCUGUGUGUUCCAUGCCAGAUGCCUGCCACUGAUACAGCUCGAAUUGCACAGAUUUUUGUGAAAGUAACUUUUUUAUAACUAAAGUGAAACUUCUAAAACGAAACACUGGGAAGCAGGGUAACGUGGUUAAAGGACUCUGUGUCCAUAUUGGGUCCAACUAAUCAGUAACAUUAAAGUCUUCCAGGGUUUGGGGGUUAAAACAGAGACAUCAGAGAGAAAGAGACCAAAAGAGAGGCGCAGGAAGGAGAGAAACUCUUCAUCUUUGUUUUCUUUGUUACUGACGGUAAUAACGGACAAAAAGAUGACGUGAGGAGAAAAUGAUGAUCAUGAUGUUUGUGAUAAUGAGGAAGAUUCUCCAAUAUUCUGUUCUCUGUGUGCUUGUGUUUCUGUUUCUUUGGUUUCGUUUGGGCCUAGCGUUUCAUUUUCUCAACCCUACAGAUGCAUUGUGGGAGAUUGAGUCUGCAGGUGUGCCUGGGGGUGGUGAGGCGUGGGUCCAGGAUUUCUAAACACUGAUACUCACUGAUAGACUUUAAAGGAUAGCCCCUCCUCCUGCAGGUGCUUAACUUAGAGCUCCAUUACCACUGAUGACCUCAUGGUGGCGCUGUAUGACCAACAUUCAGUACGUUUACAUGCACAGUUAGUCAAGCUGUGGUUAUUCUAACUGGGCUGCUGUCUCGGUGUGCAGCAGGGGGCGAUAUUCUCCCUUUCAGCUACAAUUUGACAACACGUACCGAAACAAUCCGCCAACACGUGAGCGAGAGGCGGGCGAGCUUCACGGCUCUCCGUACGUACGCUGUGGUUUAAAGAGAUGCAUGCUGUCUCUCCGGUUUAUGGUUAUAUCUAAAGGCAGACACUAACGCUGGCUUCUAACCGCCGGGUGUGAGCUGUGGAGGAGCAUGCACAGACUGACUCCCUAACCGUGUGACUCUGAGGUGUCGGACUCUCAGCUGGACUAACAUGUUUACACGGAUUAUUAACGUGCAGCUUUCCUCAGACCGAUUCUUUAACAUCAUGUAAACGUGCUGAUUGUCUCCAUGAGUUUCUAUCCCUCCCUUUACAGACAGGUUUGAUGUGAUCAGUGACCUCUGACCUGCAGAGCCCCCCGUGUGUAAACUCAGGUGACUGAACCGCACAGUCGCCUGCUGUGGACGGGUUGCAGAAGCGAUGUGUUCUGGGCCUUUCUGUGUUUCCUCUAAAGCAUCUGUGUUCAGUGUGUUUCACUCCUGUACAUCUUUACGUUCUCUCUGUGUGUAUCUCUGUGUGCCUCAAACUAACACUGGUCACUAACGCACACCACUGUCAGCCCUGACAUCCUUACUUUAGCUUCUUAUUGAUUUAUGGAUUUGAAUUUGAUUCUUUGAAUUAUCCUGGAGGCCCAUCAUCACAUGUUGACCAGAGAAUGCAACGAAAAUAGAAAAGAAAAAAAACUGCCUAUUAGUGUCUUUCCAACCUCAGUGGAAUGUCACAAACGAGUAUUUUUUCACAUCACUACACUUAAAUCAGAAAGCACACUAGGUAUGUAGCUCCUGGUUGUGGUGUGUGUCUGCGUGUGUGUGUGUGUGUGUGUGUGUGUGUGUAGGUGGGUUUAAAGUGUGUGCCUGUUCAUGUGUGAGUGUGUUUCUGAUCAGUUUUUAUGCUUUGGUUUCACUGCUUGCUUUGCUUUCUAAUCUCUGUCUCCAGAAAUCUUUUGACUCCUUCUCUGUGUGUGUGUGCGUGUGUGUGUGUGUGUGUGUGUGUGCGUGCGUGCAUAUGUGUGUGUGUGUAAUCUCAGUAGCCCCUGAAUGAAGCAGACCCAGUCCUAAACAUUCACCAUCCAUCUUUGUGUCAAUGCUGCAGUGAAAUCCACUAACACGCUGAUUAACCACACAAAGUCUUCAAGAAGCAAUGUAAAGCCGCUACUGAGAAAAAAAAAGUUUUUUAAGUACAAAAGAUUAAAAAAGGAAAAAAUAUCUAGUUCCAGAAAUGCAUGUGCUAUGUGCAUGCCACACCGUGGGUUAACAGUCAUCUUCAGGACAUAAAAGAAAAAGCAGAUUAAUGAAUUCAGAGGAAUAAAAAAAGAAUAUUUAAAUAGAUAGAUGUUUUUAAAAAGCAACGUUUUCUUUUUCCUUCUAUUUUUGAGAACAAAAAACUUUAAAACUGCAAAAAAAAAAAAAGCUAAAGAUGAAAAAAGAGACUUUGGUGAGAGUAAGUCUCGUUUGUUUUCUUCUGUUACAUGGGGUUGAGGCACAACACGACCAUGUUCAGGACACCACAAAAAAGAACUGUUUUUAAAGAAAAAAUAUACAAAGAAAAGAAAGUUCAGUUCAGAAGACGGUGUAUUCUCCCCUCUUCUCUCUGUGGGGAUCAGGGGCUGCAGGAGCCGGACUCAUCGGGUGACGCUCUCAGUACGAUGAUGGCCUUGGAACCCUUGAUCUCUCACUCACUCCUUCUUUUUCUCUCUUGAACUCUGUCUCUCUCACACUCUUAUCUGUCACACUCUCAACCUGUCUCACUGCUAUUUCUACCAGUGCAUUUUGUAAUUCCAAACAGAACUCUUCCUAAAGAAUAAAAUCCAGAGAGAAUGCA